AUGCCGCUGCGGGUAGGGGCAAGAAGGCAAUUUAAUACAGCAGCAGCAAGCAAAUGCAGCAGCAACAGCAGCAGCAGCAGCAGCAAGAGCAGCAAGACUAGCGGCAGAAAGAGCAGCAGCAGCAAGGCCAAGAGUAGCAGCAGGAAGAACCCGAGCAGCAGCAGCAGUAGCAGCAGCAGCAGCAGUUGCAGCAGCAGCUGCAACAGCAGCUGCAACAGCAGCAACAGCAGCAUGACCUCACUCACAUCCUCUCUGUCCUCAUUAAAGCAGCUGCCUGCCCAUCCCCCUGCUGCUGCUGCUGCUGCUGCAACAGCAGCAGCAGCUGCUGCUGCUGCAGCACCAGCUAAUACAAGACUUGCUCCUACUGCUGCUGCUGCUGCUGCUGCUCGGACAGAAGCAGCAGUUGCUGCAGCAAUAGCAGCACUAAGCAACACUAAACUUCCACCUCCAGGAGCUGCAGCAGAAACAGCAGCAGCAGCAGCAGCAGCAGCAACAGCAGCAGAUUCCUAUCAAGAGCCAGAGGAAGAAGAAGUAGCCAAUCUGCGCGUCGCAGGUACCGUGUUUGCUUAUGGAGCAACAGGAGCAGGGAAGACAUACACCAUGCAAGGGACAGCAGAGCAGCCAGGCAUUAUUGCUCGUGCUGUAUGCGACCUCUUUGCUACACUGCAGCAGCAGCAGAAGCAGCAACCGCAGCAGCAGCAUCAGCAGCAGCAGCAGCAAUGCCCCGCCAACUGCAGCUGCUGGGGAUGCUGCAGACUUCAUGAAUACAUCGUUACUGUCUCCUACUUGGAGGUCUACAACGAGAAAAUUAGAGAUUUGCUGGAGCCUAGUCGCACAAACCUUGAAGUUCAAGAAGACGCCAGCAAAACAGCAGCAGCAGCAGCAGCAGCAGCAACAGCAGCAGCAGCAGCAGGUGGUACAACACAUCCCCAUCAACACCAAUCCCUCCAACACCAACAGCAGCAACAACAGCAACAACAAUUUCAUCAAUUACAGCAUCAACAGCAGCAACAAUUACCUCAACAGCAGCAACAGCAACAGCAACAGCAACAGCAGCAGCAGCAGCAAUUGUUGCUGCUGCAGCAGCAGCAAAAUAAAUAUGUGAAUUAUAGGAACUCUAAGUUAACACAUUUACUAAAAGAUUCUCUUGAGGGAAAUUGUCUUGUUGUUAUGAUUGCUAAUGUACACCCUAAUGUGCAUGCAUUCCCAGAGAGCAGCAACACCCUUAAGUAUGCAAAUAGAGCAAAGAAUCUAAAGGUGCGUCUUUGUUUGCUGCGGGAGGCAGCAGCGCAGCAAUCACCAGAAGCAGAUAGGGCCCGUUUGCUGCUGCUGCUGCAUCAGCAGUCUCAGCAGCUGAGUCAAUUACAGCAACAGGUACAGCAGCAGCAGCAACUGCUGCAGCAGCAAGAGGAACAGCUACAUCAUCAUAAGGAACUCGUCAAGACACAGCAGCAGCAGCUGCAGCUGCUGUGGUCACAAAAGGCAGAGCUAGAGGAUCGAUUAGCAGCAACUUCUGUGUCUCGAUACCCUAGUAGAUACUCAGCAGCAGCAACAGGAGCAGCAGCAACAGGAGCAGCAGCAACAGCAACAGCACCAGCAGCAGCAGAAGCAGAAGCAGCAACAGCAGCAAAAGCUGAUGCUGAUUCUGCUGAUGCUACUGAUGUCUCUAGUGCAGACAGACAGACUGCAGCUGCAGCUGCAGCAGCAGCAACGGCAGCAGCAACAGCAGCAACAGCAGCAGCUGCUGCUGUUGCUGCUGGAGGUCGGUCUACCGACAAAACACCUCCAAGAACAAGAAGGGAUGUUGCUGCAGUUGCUGCAGCAUCCACAGACCCUGCUGCUGCUGCUGCUGCAACAGCAACAGCAACAGCACCAGCACCAGGAGCAGCAGUUGCUGCUGCUGCUGCUGCUGCUGCUGCUUCUCCAGCAGCAGCAGCUGCUGCUUCUGUUUGUUCUUCCUUAAGACGAUCACGACGGUUAGCCAAUGGAGGGGCACCUAAGACAUGUCUAUGCGAGCGCUGUCAUGACACCCCAACUCCUGCUGCUGCUGCUGCUGCUGCUGCUGCACCAGCAGCAGCAGCAGCAGUCGGAGGGGGAGGAGGAGAAGGAGCUUCUGCUGUUUCUCCUGCUCCUCAUGAUGCCGCUGCUGCAGAAGCGGCAGCAGCAGCAGCAGCAGCAGCAGCAGCAGCAGCAGAAGCUUUCGCAGCAACGGAGGCAGAUGGAUGUGCUACUAACGACUGGAACACAGACAUAGAGGCCUCAACCCUCGGGAGCAGCAGCAGCAGCAGCAGCAGCAGCAAUUGCACCAACUGCAACAGCAGCAGCAGCAGCAACUGCACUAACUGCAACAGCAGCAGCAGAAGCAGCAGCAGCAGCACCGCAGGAUGCAGGAAAAGGCUGACUUGCGAAGGCGGUCGAGCGGGCAGCCCCCCUGAAGUGUCUCGGGAGCUGCCCGAAGGGGCGCAGCAGCAGCAGCAGCAGCAGCAGCAGCAGGAGCAACAGGAGGAGCAGCAUCAGCAGGAGCAACAGCAGCAACAGGAGCAGCAGCAACAGCAGCAGGCGCAGACAGGAGACGCUGGAGCUGCGAUGGUAGAGAGUGAGGGGCCGCCUUGGCCAGACAGCAGCAGCAGCAGCAGCAACAGCAGCAGCAGCAAACCGCACAGGAAGAGGAGGAGGCUGCGCAGCGACGAGCAAGAGCUGGAGCAGGCAACUCCCCUAGACAGCAGCAACAACAACAGCAGCAGCAGCAGCACAACUGCGCGAGAAAGCUGCAGCACAGCAGCAGCAGCUGCUGCUGCUGCUGCAGCAACAGCAGCAGCACUGCGGGAUACUGACAAGAGAGCAGUCAGCACGGGUAUGCUGCCUGGCUUCUCUGGAGAAGACGGGAUGAGCUGCAGCAGCAGUUGCCACCGAUGCAGCAGCGGCAGCAGCAGCAGCAACGACAACAGCAGCAGCAACAGCAGCAGCAGCAGCGAGAUAGGGAAGAGGGUUUCUUGGACAGCCAAACCUUCUCCAGCCUUUUAUACCCCAGCAGGAUCGCCAGAAGCGCUGGAAGCAGCAGCAUCAGCAGCAACAGCAGCAGCAGCAACAACAGCAGCAGCAGCAACAGCAGCAGCAACAGCAACAGCAGCAGCAGCAGCAGAAGGUACUGAAGAACCUGAAGGCAUGAUUGUAGAGACACUGCAAGGCCUCGCACUUAAUGCCGAGGAAAGGGAAGCAAAAGCAGCAGCAGCAACAGCAGCAACAGCAGCAACAGCAGCAACAGCAGCAACAGUAGUAACUCCUAUAGAUGCAAGACAGAUACCUGCUGCUGCUGGUGCAGCAGCAGCAGAUUGUGCUGCUGCUGCUGCUGUAACACUUCAUGCAGCCAGCAGCAGCGAUCUAGCUGAAGCAGCUGAAGGUGCUGCUGCAGAUGCUGCUGCUGCAGAUGCUGCUGCUGCAGAUGUUGCGGAUUCUGCUGCUGCAGAUGAGGAUGCUGCUGCUGCAGAGAUUGCUACUGCAGAUGCAGCAGCAGCAGCAGCAGCAGCAAAGACAGAGGCGCUUAAACCAACAGCCGAGGCAGCAGCAGAAGAGGUGCCGCCUAAUGCUGUAACAGCAGCAGCAGCAGCAACAGCAGCAGCAGCAGCAGCAACUGCAGCAGCAGCAGUAAAGAACUCCCGGGAGGACCCCCAGCAGGGACGCUGCAGUGUGAGUGUCACUCAGCAGCACAAGCAGCAGCAACAGCAGCAGCAGCAGCAGCAGCAGCAGAAGCCUCAACGAUCUGCUGCUGACCUCUUUGGUAUAUCGGCAGUGGCGGGAGCUCCCCGUACACUGCGGCUGCAGCGAAGACACGAGCAGCAGCAGCAGCAGCAGCAGAAGCAACAGCAGCAGCAGCGGCAUAGGGGCCGCGGCACAUUGUUACGGGGCCUGGAGAGCCGCCGGAGCAGCAACACCAGCAACAGCAGCAACAGCAGCAGCAAACGUGCAUCCAAGGUACCUUAUCUUAAUUGGCAUGCAGGGAGCAGCAGCAGCACGCAUCCAUCAAGUCUAAAGGACAGCAGCAGCAGCAUCAGCAGCAACUACAGCAGCUGCUGCAGCAGCACCAGCAGCAUACGCAGCACACCCCGAUGCAUUAGUCCAUCUAGCAGCACCAGCAGCAUACCCGAUAGACACGAAGCAGCAGCAGCAGCAGCUGCUGCUGCUGCUGCUGCUGCAGGCAGCAGCAAAAGCUCUAGCAGCAAAAUCACAAGUUGCACAAUGAGCGGCAGCAGCAGCAACAGCAGCAGCAGCAGUAGCAGCAGCAGCAAAGCAGCAAACAGUAGUAGAAAUAAAAUUAAAUAA